CCUGUUUUGUUCAGUAUCCAGAAGCCCAGAGCAGAGUCACCUCCAACCAGCCUGCUAUCAAUGAAGAGUGAUCAGCCACCUGCUUUCAGCCAGGAACCAUUACCAGAUGACAAUAAGGAAGUGGAGAGUUUGGACAGUGAGGAUGCAUUAAAGAUCACACACAACCUUCUGGACAGAAGAAGUCAAAYUCUGCUGACAGUCCAACAAGACAUUAAAGCUAAACUGAAACACAAGUAUCAACACAUAUCUGAAGGAAUUGGACACCAUGGAAACCAAAGUCUGUUCAAGGACAUCUACACAGAGCUCUACAUCACAGAGGGUGGAAGUGGAGGAGUCAGUAAUGAACAUGAGGUUAGACAGAUAGAGAUGGCAUCCAAGAAGCAAACCACACAAGAGACACCAAUCAAAUGCAAUGACAUCUUCAAGCCUUUAACUGGACAAGACAAACCUAUCAGAACUGUGCUGAGUAAAGGAAUCGCUGGCAUUGGAAAAACAGUCUCUGUGCAGAAGGUCAUCCUUGACUGGGCAGAGGGAAAAGCAAAUCAGGACGUUCAUUUCAUGUUUCCUCUUCCUUUCCGUGAUCUGAACUUGAAAAGAGUCCAAUACAGUCUGAUGCAACUUCUUUCCCACUUCUUCUCAGAGCUGAAAGAGAUUGACAGCAUUGAAGAUGGUAACACCAAAACUGUUUUCAUUUUUGAUGGUCUGGAUGAGUGUCGACUUCCUCUAGACUUCAAAAACAAUGAGAAGUGCUGUGAUGUCACGAAGCCAACCUCAGUGGACGUGCUGCUGACAAACCUCAUCGAGGGGACUCUGCUUCCCUCUGCUCUCCUCUGGAUAACCUCAAGGCCUGCAGCAGCCAAUCAGAUCCCUCCUGAGUGUAUUGACAAGGUGACAGAGGUACGAGGGUUCAAUGAUCCACAGAAGGUGAAGUAUUUCAGGAAGAAAAUCACAGAUCAGAAUCUGGCCAAUGAUAUCAUCAAACACAUGAGGAAAAUCAAGGAGCCUCCCACUCAUGUGCCACAUACCAGUCUUCUGUGGAUAUCAGCCACUGUCCUUGAGAUGAUGCUGAAAGAGGCAGAGAAUGAUGAAGUCCCCAAAACUCUGACCCAAGAUGUACUCACACUUCAUGCUCAUCCAAAUCAUUGUGAAGACAGGAAGUACAACAAAGCCACAGAGACAAACCCAAAAAGAACUGUCUCAGUCAGAAAAGAGAUGAUUCCUGAAACUGGCAAAGCUGGCUUUCCCAACAGCUGCAGAAAGGGAAACCUGAUCUUCUAUGAGGAGGACCUGAGAGAGUGUGACUUUGAUGUCACAGAGGCAUCAGAGUACUCAGCAUUGUGUACAGAGAUCUUUAAAGAAGAAUCUGGGCUGUACCAAGAGAAGGUCUACAGCUUUGUACAUCUGAGCAUCCAGGAGUUUCUAGCAGCAGUUCAUGCUUUAGAAUCAUGUCUGGACAAGAAGGAACAUGUGUUCUCCCCCAAGCAGUCACUAAAGUUGACGUCCGACAAGUUGACGUCCGACAAGUUGACGUCCGACAAGUUUGACACUGACAAGUUGACGUCUGACAAGCUGAGGUCCGACAAGUUGACGUCCGACAAGUUGACGUCUGACAAGCUGAGGUCCGACAAGUUGACGUCCGACAAGUUGAAGGUCGACAAGUUGACAACUGACAAGUUGACGUCCGACAAGUUGACCUCCGACAAGUUUGACGUUCCGACAAUAUUAGGUCUUUGUCAGUCAAUAACCUGUUUCUCCUACAGUGUGGAUCCAGGUGGAGAGUGCAGGCUGAAAUCAGGGCUGAGGAAAUAUGCCUGUCAUCUCACCCUGGACCAAAAUACAGCACACCCAAACCUGAUACUGUCUGAGGGGAACAUGAAGGUGACACGGGUGGAAGAGAAGCAGCAUUAUGAAGACCAUCCAGACAGAUUUGACUGUAGUCCCCAAGUUCUCUGCAGAGAAGGCUUAUCUGGAGGUCGUUAUUACUGGGAGGUGGAGAUGGAUGGUGACAUGGCUGACAUUGGUGUGGUGUACAAAGGAAUAAACAGGAAGGGAGAUGAGGAUGACAGUAGAAUUGGAGCCAAUAGGAAGUCCUGGAGUUUAUACUGCUAUGAUAGUGGUUAUUUAUUUUGCCAAGCUGGAGUCAACAGAUCCAUCUCUGGUCCUGUUCCUAACAGAGUUGGAGUGUAUCUGGACUGGCCAGCUGGUACUUUGUCCUUCUAUAGUGUGUCCUCCUCUGGUACACUGACACACCUUUACACAGAACACACCACAUUCACUGAACCCCUUUAUCCUGGGUUUGAGGUUUCCUCCUCAGUGACUCUGUGUCAGAUAGAUGACGAACACAUUCAGAGGUGAGUCAUAGCAAUGUUUUAUCCU